AUGGCCCGACAGUCGCAGCAGCGUUUCGGCUCCACUCCGUUUAUCGCGUUCAUUAUAUCACUCUCCCUCAUAAUCUUCUCACUCAUUCUCAGUCCUGCAGCAGCAGAGUCGAUUCAAGCUUCUCCUAAGCGGCACAUUAGAGGACUGCUCGACCUUGUCAGUGACCCCUUCAACGGCUCGAUCCCGUCUUUCUUCCUCGGCGCGACGCCGCUCUCCACGGCGUCGCAGCGCGUGCUUCUGGGCCAGGCUCUAGGCGAGGAGCCCGCGGCGCCCACGCAGCUAUCGUCUGUGCAGGGCGUGUUCGAGUCGGUGAAGGCGACGGUGGGUGCGACGGCCGUGCAGGCGUUCGGCAUCGCAGGCGACACUGUGGACGACGUGCGCGAGAGAAUGGAGGGCGGCGAGUUCCCCGCAUCGCUGCAGCUGCGCGUGGCGGUGGUGUGUGCGGGGAUCAACGACGUGUUGCAGGGGAGAACCAGCGCCACCACCACCGCCAGUAAGGUGGCAUCGCUGGCAGCGAGUGUGCGCAAGGCGCAUCCCUCCACCUCCGUGCUCGUGCUGGGGCUGCUACCAGAGGCGGCCACCAGCAAGAACGUAUCGUUGCCUGACCCUGUGCCGGCUCAAGUAAAUGUCAUCCUCGCCUCAGCCCUCCAAUCAGGCAGGAAACUUGCGUUGCCUCAGAGCACGGCCAGCAUAAGUACAGUAUCCCCUGGACCCCUGCCUAUCCCUCUCUUCUCACUCCCCUCCUCCCUUCCUGCCCUCCUCCCCUCCUCCUGUUCCCCCCAUCCCUCCGUUGCUGGCCUGCAGUGGACGGGGUGUCGUUCCUCGACUGCUCAUAAGUGCAAUCCCCUGCUCAUCCCCCUCAUCCCCCUCCUCCCCUCCUCCUCUCCCUCAUGCCCCCCCUCCUCCAUCGUUGCUGACCUGCAGUGGACGGGGUGUCGUUCCUCGACUGCUCAUCCGCCUUCACCAACCCCGGGGGUUCCAUCAAUGCAGCCGCCUACGCGCCUUACAUGCCCCCUCCCCAUGCACCCACAUGCUGCCCUGCAGGACUCGUUCCACUGUCCGUCCGUGUCUCAUGCCGCUUCUCUUCUCCCCACUUGCCUGCACUGCCCUGCGUGCCCCCCCCCCACAGGACUCCUUCCGCUACCUGCACCUGUCAGCAGCGGGCUACAAGGCAAGUGCUACAGCCAUGUUCAGAAUCUGCUCUUCACCAAUCACUUCCUCGCACCUUCUCUCUUCGCCCUCUCACUGCCUUCGUCCUCCCCAUCUCACCCCAUCCGCAGGGAAGCAUCAGCCAGCCCUGCCGUACCCACGUCUCCAGCCCGCACUCCCUCCACCCCUCCCCUCUCCAACGCACCUCCCUCCAAGCCCUCGCCUCCGCCUCUCAAGUCGCCCCCCACCAGCUCGCCUGUGCCCUCCGACUCACCUCCUCGCAAGCAGCCCUCGCAGCACCCACCAAAGGGGAAGGCACCGUCUGCCAACUCAACGAAAACAAAGUCACCACCCUCCAAAGCUUCUCCCUCCAAAGCUGCUCCCUCCAAAUCUCCUCCUUCCAAAUCUCCUCCUUUCAAAUCUCCUCCUCCUCCCUCGAAAGACUCUUCCUCCAAAAACACUUCCGCCAAAGCACCCCCGACCAAAGCCCCGCCCUCCAAGGCACCCCCAUCCAAAGCCCCCCCCUCCAAGGCGCCCCCAACCAAUGCUCCCCCGUCCAAAGCCCCUCCCCAGCAAUCAUCCCCAGUCAAGCCCCCCCCAGCUGCGCCCUCCCUCCCCUCCCCUGCUGCUCCCUCCCUUCCCCCUCCCUCCCCAUCCAACCUUCCCACCUCCUGCACACCCAAUCGCACUUCCGUCUCACCUGCUAAACUCCCUGCGAAGCCCUCUGCCAAGCCCUCUGCUUCAAAGAGCCGUUCCCCUCACAAGUCGCAUGCAAAGAAGCAGUCACCUUAUAAGCAGCCCCCUUAUAAGCGCACCCCGUCAAAGGAGCCACCAGCAUCUGACCUCCCUCCGCCUGCCUCAGUGCCUGCUUCCAACGAAACGGGUAAUUCCAGUCAUCAAAGCCCCAACACUGGGUCUAAACCCGCAAACCACCCGUCCGAACCUGCUGUUGAACCGGGUCCCAAGUCGUUCAAGCCUGGAAAAAACACCUCCGAGCCUGAACCGAGCCUCUCUGAUCCCGAGCAUGGCCCUUCAAAGCCUGGGGGAGGUCCCUCCGAGCCAAAAGGCACUCCAUCCGAACCUGAGACAAGUCCUUCUGAGGCAGACGGCUCGACAGGUUCGGGGAUCAAGAGGAUGAAGGGGCGGGACGCUGAGCACCCGUACAAGCCUGGGGGCAUGAGCAGUGGGGGUGGGGAGGGCAGUGGGGGUGGGGAGGGCAGUGGGGAUGGAAGCACUGGGUCCAGUGGCAGUGGCAGUGGCAGCGGCAGUGGCAGUGGAAGUGGCAGCAGCGGUGGUGGUGGUAGUGGCGGCAGCACUGGCAAUGGGACGAAUGGGGAUGUGACACAAGGGAAUGUGACAACUGGGAAUGUGACACGUGGCAAUGUGAAAGAGGGCAACGUGACGGGUGGGAGGAGAGGGCCUACGAUAGCCAAUCCAGUGGAGAAGCAACCAGCCUCUGACACCGCGCCAUCUACCCCGGCUAAAUUGCCCCCUGCUGCGCAACCACAGAGGCCUCUUCCCUCCGCCACGCCGUCACUUCCUGUUUCGCUGCCUCCCCUGCCUCCUCUUCCCAUACCAUCUCCUCGCCCCACGCUGCUUCCUCCCGUCGCUACCCCGUCGUCUCCAGCCCCCUCUGCACCUGCUCAUCCCCGCGCCUACUCCUCGGGUCCCUCCCACCCCGCAACCACUACCUGCUAG